AUGGAGCAGUAUCAUUCCUCCUCCAGCGCGACCACGUCCUCCUCGUCGCCGUCCUCGCAACGCGGCGGCGGCACCAGGGAGCUGCAGGGCCCGCGCCCGGCGCCGCUCAGGGUCCGCACGGACUCCCACAAGAUCAGGAAGCCGCCGCAGCAGCCCGUGCAGCAGGUGCGGAAGCCGGUCAUCAUCUACGCGGUGUCGCCCAAGGUCGUGCACGCCGAUCCCAGCGAGUUCAUGUCCGUCGUGCAGCGCCUCACCGGGUCGCACUCGCGCCGCACCCACACGGCGACGGCGUCCUCCUCCUCCUCCGUCGUCGUCCCGCAUCACAUCAGCCAGAUGCCGUUCUUCGGCGUCGGCCAGCACGCACCGAUGCUCCCGCCGCCGGCGCCGCACUUCCCGUUCCAACUGCAGGAGCAAGCAGCAGGCGGGGCGCAGGAGAUGACGACCCAGCUCUCGCCCGCGGCACGCCUCGCCGCCAUCGAACAGGCCAGUUCCUCGCGGAGCUCCGGUGGAGCAGGUGGCCUGCUGCCGCCAUUUCCGAGCGUCCUGUCGCCAGGGCCGCUCCCGGCGAUCCAGCCAAGCUUCUCCCCGCCGGCCGGAGCCGGUAGUAACUUCUUGUUGGACGGUGGUGGCAUCAAUCUCUUCGGCGAGCUGAUCAGUCCGGCGGCGCCAUUUCUUGGUGCCGCCACCGGCAGCAUCAGCACCGCCGCCGGUGCAAUUACUGGUCAAAGUCUAAGUUUACAACAAGAAGCGUCGCCGUUGUCGGCUGGUGCCUACUAUUGGGGGGAUCUCUUCAACAACCAGCAGCAUCACCAUCAGACCCAGAAUCAGAACCAGUAGUAGCUUGCAAGCUUAUAAAUGCAAAUGAGACGUGGUCGUUCUUGGACUGAUGGCAUUCAUGCAUGCGUCAGCCAUCAGCUGAUGAGAUCAACCAUGCAUGCAUG